GUCAUGGAGAUCAGUCCUUGUUUUCCUCUCUUCAUCCUGCAGUUGUGCAGGGAUUACCACGAGAGAGUGUUAAAUGGCAGAGAUCAUAUGGGAGAGCAUCUCGUACAGUUAACAUCGAGGCAAACUUUGUACCAUUCAACCCUGAUAUUCUACCACUUGACACAGACAGGACGUUGUUGGGGCAACCUUUCUUCCAUAUCUAUUGGACUGAAUGUGAUAUUGAUGCAUACAAGCUACAUGUGAGGGAUGACAUCACUAAUUGGUUGACAGUGCUGAAGGCUCGUAACAUCCCUGAUUGGCUAAUUGUUGUCGUCACAAAUGACGAGAGUAAAGUUAAAAACAAGCUUUUGCCAAGGACGUCAGUUCUUGAUAAAGUGAAGUCUGACUUCUGUACUAAGCAGAGUGAUAGGUGCACAGUUUUGACUGAUCCAUUUAAGAAGAAUGAGGCCAAGACACUGGAAUCGUGGUAUUACUUGUUGCUGCGCAUCAGAACUCUACUACUAGAUGCCUAUAACAGAAAUCUUGGCAGGUUUGAAGAAAAUAUGAGAUUUCAGAGGGAGAAACGAGUCGAGUCUGGUUGGAAAUUUACAGAUUACUUUCUCUUGCAAGAGGAGCUAGCAUUUGUAUAUGAAAUGCUAGGAGCAAAUGAAGAAGCUCUGGUGCAGUAUGAUGAGCUAGAUGCCCUUUUCACCCAGUUCGUCCUCAACCAUUCAAUGGGAGAUGUCUCUGAGUGGCUCUUCUCCUUCAUCGAACCCCCAAGUACGUGGGAAGGCGUCACACUUGAGAAGCCAAUCAAUUUUAAAAAGAGGGAGUUAAUACGGCAAAACAAAGCAUCCCUGCUGGACUUCAGAAACUAUUUGUUUUCCCGUCAGUGCAGUAUCUUGUUGUCUCUAAAAAGACCAUGGGAGCUAGCACAAAGAGCUAUGGAGUUCCUACAUAACUGUGUACAAGAGGUUGCCAUAUUAGAGGUUGCCAUGCCGCCUGGCUCUAUAUCAUGCUGGGUGUUUGUUAGUUGCCUAGAGAUCCUACAGGCGUGUGAACACUUCAAAGAAGUUGAGGCAUACUCACUUUUCACAGCAAGUUUAUGGGAAUACGCCAGAAAAAAGCUGCUUGAACUUGGCAAACUCUGUGGGCUUCUACCAGGAGAUGAUCCAACAACACAGCAACUUACAGCAGUGGUUGACCUCAUAGCUGGAAUCAGCCAAAUAUCUGGAUCUGAGAAUUCCAGUGGGCCAGUUGAGAAACUGAGUGAGGCAUUACAGACUAAGGAGUCGUUCCAAAGACAAUAUUUGGGCCUUUCUGAGCUUACUAUGGGAACUUACAAACACAUUGGCAGAAUUCGUUCUGCUAGAUUGAUUGGCCGAGACUUAGCAGAGUUUUACAUGCAACUGGGAGAGCCUAGUAAAGCUGAAGGAUUCUUGAUGGAUGCCUUAAAGAUUUACCACCAUGAGAAAUGGGACAUGCUAGCAGAUAGCACCAGAGUGGACCUUGGAAGGUGUCAGAAGCGACAAGGCAGCACAUCAAAAUAUGCCAGGUCAUGUUCCCAUGUUGCCAGUAGUAGGUAUUUGCCACAGGAUGUAAAGAUGGAACAUUACAAAGACUUGUUACACAUUGCUGGAUCAUAUCAAGAUGAUGGGCCAUUAUUGUUGAAUGCACGUCCUGCCUUUACUGUCAAAACCAUUGAACUUGAGGAGGCAACAAUCAUUACAGGAGACGAUGCCUCAAUCAACAUGAUAUUGACCAAUCAUCUGCCAGAGACAGUAACAUGUGACCUCAUUAGCAUAUCAUUGAAUCACAAACCAAUCAAAGUACAAGAACCAGAAAUGGCUAAAACCAGGAAGCGGAACUCCAGUGUGUCGAGCUGCAGUGACUCAGAACUUGGCAGUUCGCUAAACUCGUCUCAGUUUGAGGACAUGUUGCUUGAUAUGAGGGAGCAUAAAGACAGGAAAACAGCCGCCACUAGUGUAGUAUGCCACAAUAUUGCGGCAGUAAUGAGAGGUCAUCAUGAUUCUGGACCCCACAAUGUGAUGGAGCGAGAAGCUAACAAAGGAGAUUAUACUAUCAGCCUCUCAUGUUUAAGUGUCACUCUCAAACCUGGUGAAAAUCAAGUAAUCCUGACUGGAAAGACUGCUGAUAAGGGUAGCUAUACAGUAGAACAGAUGUGUAUUCAGGUAGAAGCGUUGGAGUUCAUCAAGAAUAAGGUGGCUCCAGAUCUUAAGUAUGAAGUUGUAGAUGACUCACCUGUCAUUGAGUUCACACUUUGUCAAGAAAUAUUCCGUGAUAUCCCUUUCAAAACAAACCUUACAGUUCACACAGGUAGUCAACACAUUGAAGAAAACUCUAAACUGAAAAUAAAAAUGCCUGAUGGUGUUGCUAUUCGUUUGAGAGAACUGAGCAACAGUGAAGUCCUUGAAUCAGAAAGCGAUAGUGUUUUCAUGAACGGUGUUCAUACCACUGCAAAUGCUAAUAAUGAAGAGGACAACAUUACAGAUGGGGAUAUAUUAAAAGUUGAAGAACAAUCUGAAGUUGAGUUAACAUUACCAGAGAAAAUACCAUAUGAACAUAUAGUUAUUCCAUUAGAAAUUAUGUUCACAGUUAGUUGCAAUAGCCCCACAGAUACAAAGCUACAGAUGGAAAUAAUGAAUCCCUGGAGUAGUGAACCAGCACUGAACAAUUUCACAAUAUGCUACCCUCUUCAAGUGACUCAUAGACUACAUACAGCAGCUAAGUGGAAAUAUAUCCAAGUGGUUGUUGCUGGUAAGACUAUUCUCAAUUACACACUAUGUGAUCCUCAACUCAUCACUGACUCACCCAAUAUUGACAUCACAUUCCUCAACAGAACACAAAAGCAUCUGGUGGUCAACAGUAAUCAGAGUGCAUCUUACAUAUGGCAGUUUAAAACAAACACCGAGGAGUGUCCUCCCAUAAAUUGGCAGUUCUCCCUUAAAUACCAAGGUCAAGGUCAGAUGGAGGAGAGAUCUUGUAAGAAGGAGUUCUCUCUGGAUAAAUACAAGACUAUCUAUGCUGUAAGGUCAGAGGUCAAUCCAGGGUCAAAUGAAGGUCACUGUAUUGUUGGAAAGACAUGUUCUCUUGAACUGAUGGUAAAGGCUGUGGAUAAAGUGAAUACUGAUGAAGACCAAACAUUUGUGUAUGAGAUCCAUCAUGCCAACAAACACUGGAAGGUCCUUGGUGAAGCCAAAUGUAGCUUCAAACUGAAGGACAGCAUUUUCACAAAGACAUUAAGCAUUCAGCCUCUUACAUGUGGGUUCCUGCCUCUACCCAACAUCACACUAUUUAAACAGAACAGUAGCAGUACACCAGACAACACUAUGGGUGAACUUGAAGCAUUUAGUCAUGGGGAGGUGUAUAACAUAACUCAGUCAUCACAAAUUCUAGUCAAGAAGGGAUUGCCAGAGAAUGUAAUCGCAACAACAAAUGUCACUGCCAUAUAAGGAAUAAUGGAUACUGUAAAUGAACAUUUAAUGAAUAUAGUUGAAUACUUAAAUAUAUUUUAUUAAGAAUGCCUUAUAUUUUAAGUAUGCACAAUACUUAAAGCAAAAUAUCAAUAGAGGUGUUUCUCCCUUGCUAAGUAGAGAAACUAGAUGUAUUUCAAAUUGAAUUACUUAUGAUCUAAUAAAAAGUAAUAGAAACAGUAUACUGGAUUAAAGUUAAAUAGUGUUGAGUAUAAACAAUUGUAGUUAAAAUUGUGAAUUAUAUACAUAUUUCUUUAUUGCGGACAAGUAAUGGUGACAUAGUUGAAAAAGAAAUAUAUAGAUGAAUUUAUUAUAAAGAAGAAUGAGUAUGUGUAUGUUCAGUAAAAAUCUAAAAAAGUAAAAUAUAAUAUGUAGACCUAUGUUUUUUGGUCUAUAUAAUAAUUAUGUCACCACCAGAGGUGGUGAGUGGUGACAUACAGU